UACAACUUUGGAACUUUACGUUCAGAGAAUCAUCCUGACUGUCUUGAUUGCGACUGAUAUUGGUUCAUUAUCUGUCAUGGAAUGAUACAGGAUGCACAAACUGCAUGAAUUUUCAAUUUCCAAAAACUUUUUGGAUCAACAGUUAAUGAUGAUCUUUAAUGUGACUGUGUUCCGCCUCUGGACAGUGAUUGGCUGCCGGAAUUUGAAUGACCAACUGUACUCUUUUAGCCAAUAAGGAAAAAGUCAGACAGUCUCACUUAUAAUUUGGAUAUCUCUAUAUCACUGUGGGAAUUCACCAAAAAUUGUAUCAUUUUCGCACUGGAUUUAUCUGGCAAACUAUCCAACUAAACUUAAAUUUCGGAUUUUCUUUCCAAGAACAACUUUCAGUUUUGGUUGUUAUCAUCUAAACCCCAUUUUUUUAACAACACAAACACACGUCUGCGAUCUCCAAUAAUGGGAGCUGCUCGAGUGAAGCGGCGCUUCAGUGCAGUUGUUGACACCCCCUUGGACGAGGAAGAAGUCAUGAGGUUGGCUCAAAGUGAUGAUGUCACUUCCUCCCAUAUGGGUGAGCUGCCCUCGCCCAACUGCAAUGGCAAAGUGCUUGUCCUUCACCAUAGCAACGGAGGAAGGACAGAAGAAAGGGACGAUGAUGAUGAAGAGGAGGAUGAUGGGGGAGGAAGGAGAGUUGGAGGAAGGCUUGGCUCAGUGCUCAGGGGUGAGUCUGGGGCAGAAGGGAGAUGGGAGAGGAGGAAGAGACCAUCCUCAGCUUCCCUCUCACCCUCGCCACCCCAUGAUCGCCACGGCCAGUGCCGGCGCUUUGUAGGCAAGGACGGGCGCUGCAACGUCACCUUCGUCAACAUGAGCGACAGGGGACAGCGCUACCUCACCGACCUCUUCACCACCUGCGUGGACAUCCGCUGGCGCUGGAUGUUUGUGGUGUUUACCCUCUCCUUCCUGCUCUCCUGGCUUCUCUUUGGUUUCGCCUUCUGGCUCAUUGCCGCCGCUCAUGGGGAUCUGGUUCCCCUUGCAUCAUCUUUGUCUGUUUCUUCCUCUCUGGCUCCUAUGGAAGCUGCGGAGAAUUCUGGUCCAGUGGAGACAGUUGUGGACACAAAGGAACGCUGCUUUCAGCAGGUAAACAGCUUCAUGGCAGCCUUCCUCUUCUCUCUGGAGACGCAGACGUCUAUAGGCUAUGGUUUCCGGAGCGUUACAGAGGCCUGCCCCCUGGCGGUGUUUGCUGUCGUCUUGCAGUGCAUUGUGGGCUGCAUCAUCGACGCUUUCAUCAUCGGGGCGGUGAUGGCUAAGAUCGCCAAGCCCAAGAAGCGCAAUGAGACACUGGUGUUCUCGGAUGUGGCCUUAGUGGCCAUGAGGGACGGGAAACUCUGCAUGAUGUGGCGAGUGGGAAACAUGCGUAAAAGCCACCUGGUUGAGGCUCAUGUACGAGCACAGCUACUGAAGCCACGGGUGACCCCUGAGGGUGAGUUCCUGCCUUUGGACAGUGAAGACAUCAAUGUUGGCUUUGACACAGGAACAGAUCGCAUCUUUUUGGUGUCUCCUGUGACCAUUGUGCAUGAGAUCAAUGAGGAGAGCCCAUUCUUUCAGAUGGACAGACGCACACUAGAGGGAGACAAAGAACUCGAAGUGGUGGUGAUUCUGGAGGGCAUGGUGGAGGCCACUGCCAUGACAACCCAAUGCCGCUCUUCAUAUCUGGCCUCAGAGAUCCUCUGGGGUCACCGCUUUGAACCUGUGCUCUUUGAGAAAAAAAAAUGCUACCAGGUGGACUACUCCCACUUCAACAGGACAUAUGAGGUCACGGACACGCCCACCUGCAGCGCCAAAGAGUUAGCAGAGAAAAAGUACAUCCUAGGAUCCCGUUCCUCUUUCUGUUACGAGAACGAGGUGGCUCUGCAGCUCUCCUCCGCUGCCCCUCCCUGCCCUGCCCAGUUCUCCCCCUCCCCGUCUUCUACACCCUCUCCUUCGCCUUCAUGCGUACGCCCCACGCCUCCACCCCGACAGGACUCCUGUAGUGAGCAUCCACAUAUACACUGAGCCAUGCGGCUGGCAUCAAAGGGGAAAGCAAUGGUCAGAGUAACAUAGAAUGAAAAAGAAUGGAAAUGGCUCAGAAUGCAGGGAGGAGUUUGAAUUGGGGGUAGGGAGAGACAGAGAACCAGAAUAGAGACAAAGGGCUGGAGAGACGGACUCGGAUGGGGGACUAAAAGGCAAAGAGAACCAUAAAGGAACAAUGUAGGACCCUGGGCUGAUGAAUGACAAUAGGGUAAUGCGUAAGACAGAGAGAAAAGACAGCACAAAAGAUAGAGAGUAGGGGAGGGAAAUGCGCUUCUCACUGGUUGAGAAGGAACGAACAGGCGAGAUGGGGUGAGUUCACUAAAGCAGCACUUGCAUCUUUUUUUACUGACCACCACUGACAAUCCAGUUUAACCAGUCACAGUCUGUGCUAGUUUAAUGCUGCAAUGUGCAUAUUUCAGUUUCUGGUCAUU